AUGGCCACCGUCGCAGCAGCAGCAGCAGCAGAGCCGCCCCCCGCAGGAGGCGCCAGCAACAACAGCGACGCCGACGCCGCCGCCUACGCCGCCGGCCUCCUCGACGCGCAGACCAAGGCCGCCGCCCUCUUCGACGAGAUCGAGCGCGACCUCAUCCGCCCCGGCAUCUCCGAAAAGGCCCUCAGCGACGCCAUCCACGCCCUCGGCCAGGAGCGCCACGGCGUCCGCACGCACUGGCACAAGCGCGUCGUCCGCAGCGGCCCCAACACCCUCCGUCCCUUUGAGGACAACCCGCCCGACCGCGUCGUCGAGGAAGACGACAUCCUCGUCGUCGACCUCGGCCCCGUCUUCGAGGCCUGGGAGGCAGACUUUGGCCGCACUUUUGUCCUCGGCGACGACCCCGCCAAGAUCCGCCUCCGUGAUGCCCUCGAGCCCCUCUGGUAUCGCGUCAGGGAUCGCUUCCGCCAGAGGCCCGACAUGACGGGCGAGGAGCUGUAUCGCAUCGCCGGCGACGAGGUGCGGGCCGAUGGGUGGGAGUUUGGCGCCGCCAUCGCGGGACACAUUGUCGGGUCCUUCCCCCACGAGAGGAUCCCCCGCGACAAGAUCACUCUUUACAUUGCCGAGGGGAGCAUCAAUUCCAUGGACUGCGUGGGCAAGGACGGCCGCAAGAGGCACUGGAUCCUCGAGAUUCACAUCCGCGACCCCGUCAACAACAUCCAGGGCUUCUUCGAGCAACUCUUGACGAUUGGAUGA